CAAAGAAAUCAAGCGCUCGAUCCAAGCUUAGCUAGCUACGAGACACCACCCAUCGCUGGAUUCCAUGGCUUCCAUUUCGAGAACCUGCGCAGUCGUCCGCUUCGCUGCCGACGAGGCAGCCCCGCCGGAAACCCUCCACGUCAUGCGCCUGCAGCGGCUGCGCCUCCGCCGCGCGGCCGCGGGCUGCCUCGACCCCAUCACCGAGGAGGAGGACUCCGAUGCCGAGGACGCCCAAGUCCCCGCCGGCUCGCCCAGCGCCCACAGCAGCAGCAGCAGCACGAGAGCGGCCGAUCUUGCCCCAAGCCUUCGAUAGGCCUGGUCUCAAGGAUAGCUCGAUUAAUUAGACAAGCUGAGUAGUUGAUUACUAGUACUACGGUCUACGGACUAGCGAGCCCGUGCCCUCUGUAUCUAGGUGUCAUAUAUGUACUCUCGUCCAGUUCAUGCAUGUUCAUGUAAUUAGUCCAUCGAUGUAAUGAAUUGUACGAACUGCUACUAGGAAUUGAACAAGCUUCGACUUCUUAGAACGCAUACUCCACUAAUCUACCAUGUCAGUAAAAUUUGGCCAUCUGAUCUUAGUGUUCUUUUUUUUCAGAAUGUCACAUUGGAUUAAUGAAUGGAGUUCGUUGCAUGUGAACAAGGAAGCAAAGUUGGGGCUGCGGCGGUGCACAAAACUGCUGGAUCGAGUGGCAAAUGAAU